UGUGACACUAGACAAUGACAGCUGACAAAGUGACAACUGACAAAGAAAAUGUUGAUAAUCAUUCAUCAUCGCCUAAUUUUCUGAGUUUUUGCAGCUUCAUUAUCUCGAGUUGAAAUUGAAUUGUGAAUGUGAAACCGAAGUGGUAAAUAAGAUUAUAGUCAGCAUCAACAAUGUCUAAAGUAAACGAAGUAGCUGAUUUAUAUAAACAGUUAAAAUCCGAAUGGAACACAAAAAAUCCCAAUUUAAGCAAAUGUGAGAAGUUUCUGUCACAGUUGAAGCUUGAAUUGACACAUUUGAUGUUUUUACCGACAUCUACAGCUACAGCAACCAAGCAAGAACUUCUUUUAGCCAGAGAUGUGUUAGAGAUUGGAGUUCAAUGGAGUAUAGCUGCAAAUGAUAUAACGGCUUUUGAAAGAUAUAUGGCUCAACUAAAAUGCUAUUAUUUUGAUUACAAUAACCAACUUCCAGAAUCUGCAUUUAAAUAUCAAUUAUUGGGUUUAAAUUUGCUGUUUUUGUUGUCCCAAAAUAGAGUAGCUGAAUUUCAUACAGAAUUGGAGUUGUUGCCAUCUGAUCAUAUUCAGAAUGAUGUUUAUAUAAGGCAUCCAUUGUCUAUUGAGCAAUAUUUAAUGGAGGGAAGUUAUAAUAAAAUAUUUCUUGCGAAAGGCAAUGUACCUGCAGCUAACUACAACUUUUUCAUGGACAUAUUGCUGGAUACCAUAAGAGUUGAAAUUGCAGAUUGCUUGUCAGUGGCUUAUGAAAAGAUAUCAGUGAAGGAUAUUGCUAGAAUGCUGUACCUGCCUAAUGAAGAGGCAGCGAAGAAUUUCGCCAAAAAGGCUUUCCAAAAUAAGGCUUGGAAAUUAAACAAUGAAUUUUUCCAUUUUAUUCCUGAAGAAAAAACUCAUGAACCGAUUCCUUCCAAAGAAUUGGCACAGCAAGCAAUAGAAUAUGCCAAGGAACUUGAAAUGAUUGUUUAAGAGAUACUUUGAUUUAUAUAUUUGCUUUAAGAAUUAAAUUAUAUCUAGAAAAA